AUGGAGGAGCCACACAGCUUCUUUAAGAAGGUGGACAUCCCUGUCCAUGUGCACUACGUCGUGGCCUUCUUCAUUGCGGUCAUCGGAACUCUGGGAAUGACGGGCAAUGCUCUGGUGAUAUUCGCUUUCUACAGCAAUAAGAAGCUGAGGAGUCUGCCCAACUACUUCAUCGUCAACCUGGCCGUGAGUGACUUCUUCAUGGCCUUCACCCAGGCACCCAUCUUCUUCAUCAACUCCCUCAACACUGAGUGGGUGUUUGGGGAGACUGGCUGUAAGGUGUAUGCCUUCUGUGGGGCCCUGUUUGGCAUCACGUCUAUGAUAAACCUGUUGGCCAUCUCUAUCGACCGCUACCUGGUCAUCACCAACCCUCUGCAGGCCAUGCAGUGGAACUCCAAACGCAGAACCACUCUGGCCAUUGUGCUGGUCUGGCUCUACUCACUGGGCUGGAGUCUGGCCCCACUUGUUGGCUGGAGCUCCUACAUCCCAGAGGGCCUGAUGACCACCUGCACCUGGGACUACACCACCUCCACCAUGGGCAACAGGAGCUACACCAUGAUGCUGUGCUGCUUUGUGUUCUUCAUCCCCCUGGGAAUCAUCCUCUACUGCUACCUCUUCAUGUUCUUCGCCAUACGCAACGCCGGCAGGGACUUGGAGAGGCUGGGCAAAUCCAGCCUUCAGCAGCAGUCCAUGCGUAACGAGUGGCGGCUGGCCAAGAUUGCCUUUGUGGUCAUCAUCGUCUAUGUGCUGUCCUGGUCCCCCUACGCCUGUGUCACGCUCAUCUCCUGGGCAGGGUAUGCUCACAAGCUGACUCCAUAUUCCAAAACUGUACCUGCAGUCAUAGCAAAGGCAUCCACGAUAUACAACCCGUUCAUCUAUGCUAUCAUUCACACCAAAUACAGAAAUACGUUAGCGGAGAAGGUGCCCUGUCUAGCCUGCUUGUCACAGAAGAAGAAGAAGGACUGUUUGUCGUCCACCAACAGCGAGACGUCCGUCCAUGACACUGGCUUCAGCAGACAGUCGUCUGUCUGCAAGGCUAAACUCCACGCCUCCCAGAAGAGGGGCGAUGUAGAACUCGAUGUGAUGUCCCGCAAAGCAGACUCCUUCAGAAGCUCAUCCAGAGUGUGCCAAAGAAUCGUUCCUGCCUCAAAACCCGGAUUGCUACUAAAAAAGGUUAAGACCAACAUCCCAGGGUCUCUGAGUCUUUGUGAUCAUGAUCUGGUGACAGGUUCGUUGAACAUGGCGACUGUGCCGCUGCUGAUUGCCUCCAAGGAGCCUCAGACGGCGAACUCAACCGCGGACAAGGACGGCCAACGUGACCACGAGCACCAGCGGAGCACCGCUCUGGACCCAAAGCAUUACUCCCGGCCAUGUUACGGCAUCCCCCGCAUCAUCAUCAGCCCCACAUCGGAGAACAGCUUGACGGAGGAGGCCUUGUAUUUGGACGAUAAGCCCGACUUGCAGUUGAGCGACUUGGGAGAGCUGGUGUUGGACAUGCGGCAGUAUGACUGUUCGUCUGAACUGCUUGAAUCUGCGGAGAGCUUCCUUUCCUGA